UCGCAAAUCUCCUAUCAAAAUUCGCACGCGAUUUCACAACAAUCCCGAAUCAGAACACGUUUACGUUAAAAAUUCUAAGUUUUGUUCCAGGAAAAGUGCUUCAAAAAUGUCCAACACGGCAAGUUUUACCUGCCUCAACUGCUGCGUUCGGUUCCAGAAUGCGGAGAUGCAAAGGGAGCAUUACAAAACCGAUUGGCAUCGGUACAACCUAAAGCGGAAGAUAGCGGAGCUUCCGCCCGUGAGUAUCGAAGAGUUCGAGAAACGGCUGAACCAGCAGAAGAGUGCCGAUGCGGCCGCUCUCCAGGACCAGUCCCUGUACUGCAAGGCGUGCAAGAAGCUGUUCAAGUCGAAAAACGCUCACGAUAACCAUCUGGACAGUAAAAAGCACAAGGAUAAUCUGAAGGAUUUCCUGGAGAAGAAUGCUGGAGCUCCGGAGGAGGAUGUGUCGGAAAAGUCCACACGGCCGAAGAAAGAGUAUGUCGUUGCUGAUGAAGCCGCGGAUGAGGACAUGGAAGAUGAAGACGAGGAAGGAUGGGAGGAGGAAUGGGACAACCCGAUCGAGAACAACGACUGCCUGUUCUGUCCGAAUCACAGCGAGGACUUGAUCCAGAACAUCAAACACAUGAGCGUGAAGCAUUCGUUCUUCAUUCCGGAUGCGGAGUACUGCGUGGACGUGGAGGGAUUGUUGGGCUAUCUGGCGGAGAAGAUCUGCAGGGAGUUUAUCUGCAUCUGGUGCAACGAAAAGGGCAGAACGUUCUACUCGUUGGACGCCGUGAGAAAUCACAUGGUGGAGAAGGGACACUGCAAGAUGUUGCACGAGGGAGCGGCGCUGGCGGAGUAUGUGGACUUUUACGACUAUAGUACCAGUUAUCCGGAUCAUGGUGACGAGAUGGACAUCGACGAAGAGCUGGAAGGUCCACAGGUGCUGGAUGGAGACGACUUCCAGAUGGUCCUACCGUCUGGGGCUGUAAUCGGACACCGAUCCCUUCUGCGCUACUACAAGCAGAAAAUCAACCCGAACCGCGCCGUAGUGGUGAAGAAAUCGACCCAACGGUUGCACAAGGUGUUGGCCGAAUACCGGGCGCUUGGAUGGACGUCGACCCAACAGGAAGCAGCGGCCCGAAAUGCGCGCGAUAUGCACGUCAUGAAGCGUCAACAAGCCAAGCUGGUACAGCAGAUAGGGGUCAAGGCCAACAAACUGCAGAAGCACUUCCGAGUGCAAUGUAACUUCUAAAUACGAAUAGGUUUGUGAAUAAUAAAACACAGUUGCAUAUACUCUUUGGAAACCGAG